GCGUUAUUUAUUUUUUUAAUCGGUAACAAGAGAAUCAAACAAAAACCACCAAGCCAAGCUACCAUUUUCAAGAGAGCUCUCUCUCUCUAUCCAUCCAUCCAUCUUCCCCCCUUCGACUUUGGGCCUUUCGACUGAGGCAAGAUUACAAAAUCCCAGAUCAGAUUUCGAGUUUUUUGUUUUGUAAACUAAACCUAAAGAAGCUGAGCAACAUGGUGGGUCUGUUUUCAAGGUUUUCUGUAAGCAGAAACGGUCAUCGUCGAUCCCAGACUUCAAUUGAUGAGAGGGAAGUGUUACCCCCGGAUACAGAAGUUACCGAAUCCUCCACAGUUGUUGGAGCCACGACUACAACUCAUCAUGGAAUUGAGGUAGCAAUUGAGUUUAAGCCUGUUGAGCACCCUACUGAACCUCUUGACAAUGAUCAACCGGUUAAUUGCCCAUUGCCCGAACCUUCGAUUCUCAAUGAUGGGCGCAUUUGGAAAGAGCGGGUAUCUGCAGGCGUGCAAAGGAGGGCUGACUUGUCCGCGGUGGACGAAGGAGCGGCCCCCCCACCAGAACCGGAGCCACCUGGAAACAAAUCUCAACGAAGAACCAACAGAAUGAUAUUGCCAUCGAUCAGUGCACCUGAACAUAACAUUCUUAAGCUGUUAGAAGAAUGUAAUGCCUCUGGGAUGUAAUUUUGCAUUUAUAACUGGGAAUCCUUUUUGCACCUGGAUAUACCCAUAGGUUUCAACACCUGGUAUGUAUUUUCCUUCACUUCUCAAGGGUAUUUUGGUCAUUUACUCCAUUUUGUAUCAUUCUGAAAACACACAGACACAAUGAUAAGUUAUGUAUAUUUCCCCAUAUUAUAUGAAAGUUCCAAAUUGAAUA